AUGGGUUCGAUAUUUUCUGUGCCGUCCGCGCCCACAAUUAGUCGCCAGGAGCGCAGCACGCCCGCGGAAGAACCUCCUCCGUGGCUCCCCUACGGGGCAGGAUUGGUGGUGUUUCAGGUAGGACACCCUUUGUAA